AGCCAGAAGCUGCUGUGCGGCAGAUAUCUUGGGGUCUCAAAGAAGCAGUGGCCACCAGCAUGGGUGCAGGCCCCGACGGGUCCUACUUCCCCGGCAAUCACUGGCUCGCCUUCUCCGUGUACCUCCUCACCUUCCUGGUGGGGCUCCCCCUCAACCUGCUGGCCCUGGUGGUCUUCGUGGGCAAGCUGCGGCGCCGCCCGGUGGCCGUGGACGUGCUCCUGCUCAACCUGACCGCCUCGGACCUGCUCCUGCUGCUGUUCCUGCCCUUCCGCAUGGUGGAGGCGGCCAGCGGCAUGCACUGGCCCCUGCCCUUCAUCCUCUGCCCGCUCUCGGGAUUCAUCUUCUUCACCACCGUCUAUCUCACCGCCCUCUUCCUGGCAGCCGUGAGCAUUGAGCGCUUCCUGAGCGUGGCCCACCCGCUGUGGUACAAGACCCGGCCAAGGCUGGGACAGGCGGGUGUGGUGAGUGUGGCCUGCUGGCUGCUGGCCUCUGCUCACUGCAGUGUGGUCUAUGUCAUGGAAUUCUCGGGGGACACCUCUCACACCAGGGGCACCAAUGGGACCUGCUACCUGGAGUUCAAGAAAGACCAGCUGGCCAUCCUGCUGCCCGUGCGGUUGGAGAUGGCUGUGGUCCUCUUCGUGGUCCCCCUGCUCAUCACCAGCUACUGCUACAGCCGCCUGGUGUGGAUCCUUGGCAGGAGGGGCAGCCGCCGACGGCAGAGGAGGGUGGCGGGGCUGGUGGCAGCCACGCUGCUCAACUUCCUCGUCUGCUUUGGGCCCUACAACGUGUCCCAUGUCGUGGGCUUUGUCCAGGAUCAAAGCCCAACGUGGAGGAUCUACGUGAUGCUUCUCAGCACCCUGAACUCCUGUGUCGACCCCUUUGUCUACUACUUCUCCUCAUCCGCGUUCCAAGCCGACUUUCAUGAGCUGCUGAGGAGGCUGCGUGGGCUCUGUGGUCCAUGGUGGCAGGGCGGAAAGGAGCAGGGAGAAGACUGUCUAGCUGAAAGAAAGAGCAGUAAACACUCACAAGGCUCUGGAACUGGUGGCCAGGUGGCCUGUGCUGAAAGCUAG